GCCGCCCAUGGCGAGGCCGCGCCGCCGCCGCCGCUCCUGACCCGGCGGCCGGGCCUCCCUCAGCGCCCGCCCGCGCCUCAGGCCGCCGAAGAUGGGGACCACGACCUCGUGCUGCGUGUCGGCCAGCCCCAAGCUCCGCAGGAACGCGCACUCGCGCCUGGAGUCCUACCGGCCUGACGCGGACCUGAGCCGCGAGGACACGGGCUGCAACCUGCAGCACAUCAGCGACCGGGAGAACAUCGACGAUUUGAACAUGGAAUUCAAUCCUUCAGAUCAUCCUCGGGCCAGCACAAUAUUCCUCAGUAAAUCUCAGACGGACGUGAGAGAAAAACGCAAGAGUCUCUUCAUUAACCAUCAUCCUCCAGGACAAAUAGCAAGGAAGUACAGCUCUUGUUCCACGAUAUUCCUCGAUGAUAGCACAGUCAGUCAACCAAACCUCAAGUACACCAUUAAAUGUGUAGCUCUUGCAAUAUAUUACCACAUCAAAAACAGGGACCCAGAUGGACGGAUGCUCUUAGAUAUUUUUGAUGAAAACCUUCACCCUCUUUCGAAAUCCGAAGUGCCACCAGAUUAUGACAAACACAAUCCAGAGCAGAAGCAGAUUUACCGGUUUGUUCGGACACUGUUCAGUGCUGCACAGCUGACAGCUGAAUGUGCCAUCGUCACCCUGGUGUACCUGGAGAGACUGUUAACGUACGCAGAGAUAGAUAUCUGUCCAGCCAACUGGAAGAGGAUUGUCCUAGGGGCAAUCCUGCUGGCCUCUAAGGUAUGGGAUGAUCAAGCUGUGUGGAAUGUGGAUUACUGCCAGAUCCUGAAGGACAUCACGGUGGAGGACAUGAAUGAGCUAGAGCGACAGUUUCUUGAAUUGCUCCAAUUCAACAUCAAUGUCCCUUCCAGUGUGUAUGCCAAGUAUUAUUUUGAUCUUCGUUCUCUGGCAGAAGCGAACAACCUGAGUUUUCCCUUAGAGCCCUUGAGCAGAGAGAGGGCUCACAAGCUUGAGGCCAUCUCUCGCCUCUGUGAGGACAAGUACAAGGACCUGAGAAGAUCCUCACGGAAGCGGUCAGCAAGUGCUGACAAUUUAACUCUGCCAAGGUGGUCACCGGCCAUCAUCUCCUAACCGCUCAUUGACCCCACUGGAGCCUGUACCACCCCUCAGUUUCUCUUGUGGUUUGAGAAAAGACAUGUUGGAGUGGUUUUGUUUUUGUUCUUCCUUUCUUUUUCUAACUCAUAGCUCCGGCAGGCAGCCCUCACUCCACCUUGUGCAGUUGGCUGUACACAACAAGACUUCGAGGGAAGCAAAGUCAGUAUUCUGGAAACCGGUUUCACACCUUUCCCCAUCUCCAUUAACAGCACUUCCUUUGUGGAGGAAACAGACUCAUCCUGGAGGAGGAAACAGAGGGAAAGGAAGUUGGUGGAGGCGGGAAACAUGGUUGAGAGGCUUGGCCAUUUCUUAAUGCCCCAUCUGGUCAGGAGAUGAAGGCGCCAGAAGUACGUAGGAGGUAGCCAAGUUGGAUGUGCAUUUAAAGACAGGAACGCCACACUUAGCACCCCAUUUGGAUCAGUGUGUUCUGUAAGACUUCUUGCAUUCCUUCUUGCUGCUUUUUGGGGGGGAUUUGAGAGAUUUUGUUUAUUUUUAUUCUGUUUUGGUCCUAAAGAGCAGAGAAUAUAGUUUGUACCCACUAUGGCACAGACCUCCAAAUAAAUAGUACUGUUUGUUUCUCUCUG